AACGAAGUGAGCUCAUUGUUGCGCGUACCGUGAUCCACACAAGUUCCUCGCCUCCGAGCAGUUCCCAGUGCGAAGUGAAUGCCGAACAGGGGAGGACUUGAGCGAUAUCCUUACGAGGAUAUUCCCGCAAAAAAGAAAAACCGAUUUUCCUUGUCGACUAACUGCAAGAAGAGGACCGACGAACUUAAACUGAGCUGUCAAGUACUAUUGCCCUCGCGUCUAAUUAUUUAGCGAGCAAAAUUCUUGAGAGUAGAGAGUAACGCCGAUACUUCGGCGUGAGCAUUCACACUUGGCGCCCAACUUCAAGAUUUGGGACCUAUAUUUGAUAUAUACAUUAACGUUAACAACAAAAGAAGCAAAUAUGGACUGCAAAAAACAAUCUACUUCGUGUACCACAAACAAAGAAAUUGUUAUCUCUGGCAUUGCUGGACGAUUUCCUAAUUCUGAUAAUAUAAAACAACUUCAGAAUAAUCUUUUCAAUGAAAUCGAUCUCGCUUCGAACGAUCAUCAAAGAUGGAACACUGUUGAGUUUGACAUGCCCUCUAGACUCGGCAAGAUCAAUAACAUAGAGAAGUUCGACGCACAAUAUUUCGACAUUUCUAUGUUUGAAGCUCAAGUAUCAGAUCCUCUGACUAGAAUGUUACUGGAACACACGUACGAAGCAAUUAUUGAUGCUGGACUUAAUCCUGAAGAGUUACAUGGAACAAAUACUGGAGUAUUUGUAGGAGCUUGUUUCGCCUCGACGUGGAAUGCACUUGUGUAUAAUAAACCUCAGGUACAAAACUUGUUUGAUAUGAUAACUUACGAUAAAUAUUAUA